GCUCCUAUGUAUACGUAGAGUAAUUUUCCCCAUAAUUUGAAGUCUCCCACAGAACUGCUUUCUGGAUGCCACCUGGAACAAAGGUCUUGUAGAGUUGACCUCCCAGGCAGAAUAUGGGCAUAAGCGAAAUCUCGAUGUGCAAUUCAUCGUCGUCGUCGACAUCUACGAAAUCAUGGCUGAUUCACGCCCUGGCCACCGGGGCCGCUUUUGCCGUAGCUGUCGGCGCUCACAGAUACCUUUCCAGAUCCUACAAGUUUCGUAGUCGGGUUGUCGGAAUCAUACCAGCUCGUUUCGGCUCCACUCGGUUCCCGGGAAAACCACUCAUAAAUAUCCUCGGCAAGCCCAUGAUCCAGAGAACGUGGGAAAGGGCGAAAUUGGCUAGGACAUUGGAUCAUGUUGUUGUGGCAACGGAUGAUGAUAAGAUUGCUGAAUGUUGUAAGGGAUUUGGUGCUGAAGUUAUUAUGACAUCUGAAUCAUGUAGAAAUGGAACUGAGCGUUGUAAUGAAGCUCUUCAAAAGCUUCAAAAGAAGUAUGACAUUGUUGUUAAUAUUCAAGGAGAUGAACCACUUAUUGAACCUGAAAUUAUUGAUGGCGUCGUUGAAGCCCUUCAGGCUGCACCAGAUGCAGUUUUUAGCACAGCUGCGACAUCUUUGAAACCGGAGGAUGCAUUUGAUUCAAACCGUGUGAAAUGUGUAGUUGAUGGUCGUGGUUAUGCAAUCUACUUUUCUAGGGGACUUAUCCCUUUCAACAAGUCCGGCAAGGUUAAUCCCCAAUUUCCUUAUUUGCUCCACCUUGGGAUUCAGAGCUAUGAUACAAAGUUCCUCAGAAUAUAUCCAGAACUGCAACCAACUCCGCUGCAACUAGAAGAAGACCUUGAACAAUUAAAGGUCCUUGAGAAUGGAUACAAAAUGAAGGUGAUUAGAGUUGAUCAUGAGGCACAUGGGGUUGAUGCCCCAGAAGACGUUGAUAAGAUAGUGCAGUUCAUGUGUAAACGAAACCUGUCCUAGUAGCGAUUUAAACUCUAACAUCCAACGGAGCAAAGUGGAGGACAUGUAUUCGUGUGAACCAUUGAUCUCUUUUCUCUCUUUUUCUUUUAUCUUUUAUCUUCUUUAUUUUCUAUGUUCUUAUGUUAUUUUUAUCUUUUAUCUUUCUCAUGUUCUUUUAUUUUUUUUAUCUUUUUUAUAUCUUUAUUUUUAUCUUAUAUUUAUUUUUUUCUUAUAUUUAUUUUUAUCUUAUCCAUUUCAUCUUAUCUUUUAUUUCUUCUUAUCUUUCUUCUUCUUUUGGCUCUGAUAUCAUAGUUCGAUUCAUGUUAGCCGACUUCAAAAUAUUUUGAGAAUAAGGCUUGAAUGUUGUUGUACCAAACAGUUUUUUUCUUUUUGUUGUGGGUAGGGAGUUUAGCCUUUGCAACACUCAUGUUUUGGCCAUAUUUAGUAUGUGGUCUACCUUUUUGCCUUUCUAGGUUUUGAUGAGGUUUAGUUAUCCAAUAUUGCAAUGCUUCUCAGUUGUGUUUUUUAACUCAGAAGAAUCCAACCCUAAAGAAAGAAAGAUUACAUAGUAGGGGGACUAAAGCCGAAACCUAUCGACUAAAGGCAAUACACCUGUAGUUAAUACUUGGUGUCAAAUUUAAGGAUACCCAUGCCCGGUGAGUGGGGUUGUAUCUAUUGGAGAUGUUUUUGUAGUCUCUUAUACUGUAUCUUGUUGAUGCUGAUGCGCCAACUGUAUUGAUGAAUUUGACAUCUCAUUUGUUGGUUUUGUUCCAAUACUUCAAUGAUGUGUGUG